UGUACUAAUAUAAUGUAAAUAUAUUAUGUAUACACAUGGUGAAUCUAAUAAAUGUUAGAUUAAAUUUUGUCAAGGAGGGAGUGGAACGAUAGUUGUGAUGGUUUAGUGAAAAAAAAAUCUUUUAAAAAAUAGUGUCACAUUUAUGAAGAAAAGAAAAAAAUAAAAUUACACAGUCUCCUCAACUUUGUGGGGACAUUUUGAAUUUAUAUAAACAGAACGAACAAAUAUCUGAUUUUCCCUCGAACUUUCUCGGGAAAAUGGCUCCGUUCGCUUUAGCGGCACUGCUUCGCCCCACUCACUCCAGGGCUCUUUUGGUGUUAAUCCUUUCAUUGUAUUCCUAUGUACCACCGAAAUGUGAUCUGGGUGCUCUUGACUUAAUCCAUGUAAAAUGAAAGGAGAGGACACUGUUAGGGAACUCAUAUAUGCAAUCGAAUCAGGUUUUCUGAGGGAUACUCUUAAGAAAAUAUGGCAGGGGGCAAUAAGCCUCUCAGGGGUGAUCAAGCUUCAAUCAAAUACUGUUGGAACACAGUAAAGCAGUCACCAUCUGAGCUUGCUGGUUUUGAUCGUGAGGAAUAUGCCUCGACUCUCUCUAACUGUAUUGAUAAAAGAUGGGGUAAAGAAUUUGACUCCAAAACUCGUGAAAUAUUGAGUAUGGGCGAACUCUUCUCAGCAGCCGGCCGGAUAUGGGAUUAUGCCAGUUGUCCUCUUACUUCUUUGCAAAAUGAUUCAUGUCCCAAUGACAGUGGCAAUAAGAGUGAGCUUUUCUUUGGUGAUUUAGAUAGGGAAGGAAACAGUGUGUUACCUACUUCAGCAAGGUUCUCUGCUGAUAUAAGGACUGCUAGUGAGACUCCAAAAGUGCAACCAAUUUUAGAUUUUAUGAAAGUAACCCAAAAGAUAUCAGCUUCUGAACCUUCUAGUGAAAACCGUACACAUUCAUUGUUUUGGAGGUUACUGCAGACUGGUGCAAAGAAGCAUAAUGAACCUUGGAGACAACAGGGACUUGCAAGUGUUGAAAUCUCAUAUGAAUUGGAAAAUAUAUAUGGAUGGAUGAAACAACUAUCUUUUGCUGGAUCAAGUAAUUCAAUCAAAGUCAAUGAAUCUGAAAACAGAUAUAGUAAGUAUAUCACUCUAGGAGAUAUUAUUAACUCAACAGAUGGCUACAUUUCAGGAGAUACAACUAUACCUGCAAAUAAGUUGGGUGGUGCCUGUGCUGAUAGUAAUGCCAGUUCAAGCAAACCUUGUAAUUUAUCAUCAUUUAAAGAUGCAAAGUCAGACAAAUAUAUAAGAUCCUUUUUGUAUGCAGAUUACGUCCUCAGGGAUGUCCUUGAGGAAGACAGUAGUAUUUCAAGGACUAGCUUCUCUAAUUUAAAUGCUGACUAUUAUACAAACUCUCUAGUUUCUGAUAGUGUUACGCUUGAAGAAUAUGGGUCCAUCGCUGAGGAUAAUCAAGUGCUUGACACCAAAAGAAAAGAACCUGAAAUGUUGGUCAGUAAAGAUUCACUUAAGGAGGUCACUACAUCAGCAUCUCGAAAGCCCCAUUUGACGCUUGCUAAGCAAGAGCAUGCCUUUGCAGGGGCAUUUGCUGGAAUAUUUGUCAGCCUUUGUCUUCAUCCUGUUGAUACAGUUAAGACUGUUGUUCAGUCUUGCAGUGCGGGGCAGAAGUCUGUAUUCUGGAUUGGAAGAUCAAUUAUUUCUGAUAGAGGUUUGACUGGACUUUAUCGAGGAAUUACCACUAAUAUUGCAUCUUCAGCUCCAAUCUCCGCCAUCUACACAUUCACUUAUGAAUCUGUUAAAGGGUCUUUGCUUCCUUUUUUCCCAAAAGAAUAUUACUCUCUUGCACAUUGUGUGGCAGGUGGGUGUGCAAGCAUUGCUACUUCUUUUGUUUUUACUCCUAGCGAGCGUAUAAAGCAGCAGAUGCAAGUAGGAACUCACUACAAUAACUCUUGGAGUGCAUUUAUUGGAAUAGUUCAAAAGGGAGGUUUGCGUUCUUUGUAUAAUGGGUGGGGAGCUGUACUUUGCAGGAACAUACCCCAUUCGAUUAUAAAGUUUUACACAUAUGAAAGCUUGAAGCGAUUGACGUUGUCGUCAUUACCAUCUGGCACUCAACCCAACACGCUACAAACGCUAUUUUGUGGAGGACUAGCUGGAACCACUGCUGCUUUUUUUACGACUCCAUUUGAUGUGGUAAAGACAAGGCUACAAACACAGAUUCCAGGGUCCACAAGCCAAUACGGUAGUGUGAUUCAUGCCCUUUAUGAAAUAGGAAAGCAUGAAGGUUUAAAGGGCCUUUACAGUCCUAUUAUUAGGGGACUGGCUCCAAGAUUGGUUAUGUAUAUGUCUCAAGGAGCACUCUUCUUUGCAUCAUAUGAAUUUCUCAAGAAAUUGUAUUACUUGGAGAUGCCACAGCCCGAGACUGAAAGAAUACAAAACCAACAAAGCAUGGAUGAUGACACAGUUGUACUAUCAUCAUCAUCAUCAUCAUCAUCAUCAUCUUCCCAAACAUCAUCACCAGCUUCUUUUCCACAAAAGCUUUACAGUUUGCGUUCAUCAUGAUUUUUGGGCAUAGAGAUAACAGAAGCGGAGUGUAAACUAGUCUGACGAGAAGUUUGAUUUGAUUUAUUCAUUUAUUUAUUUUCACAUGGUAAUUUUGCGAAUGUUUAGCUGAUAGAUAGGUCUUAUUUCAUUGAUGUUGAUUUUUUUAGUGUGUUGAUGACUCGAGCUUAUGGUAAUGUGAAAAAUAAUUGUAAAAUAAGAAAAAGUGCAUUGUAGCUUUGUACAAUUUCCCAUCAUAAAAAAGCAAUGCUUUUGUGUUAA